CAUUGGAGGAACUAAACGCUAAAGGCUCCUGCUAAGAAUCAGUGCAUUUCAUUUUGCUGUUAAUGAGGGGGCUUGCUGUGACCCUGUUUUGAGAAGUUGAGCCCUGGUCUAGACCUGGUCCUGCAGGGAGUGCACCUCUCACCAUGGUGGCCUGUUGCAGCUGCAGUGAUGUGUUCCAGUAUGAGACAAACAAAGUCACCCGGAUCCAGAGCAUGAAUUACGGCACCAUUAAGUGGGUCUUCCACGUGAUCGUCUUUUCCUAUGUUAGCUUUGCUUUGAUGAGUGACAAGUUGUACCAGAGGAAAGAGCCUGUCAUCAGUUCUGUGCAUACCAAGGUGAAAGGGAUAGCAGAGGUGAAAGAGGAGAUCACGGAGAACGGAGUGAAGAAGUUGGUGCAGAGUGUCUUUGACACUGCAGAUUACACCAUCCCUUUGCAGGGGAACUCCUUCUUUGUGAUGACAAACUUUCUCAAGACAGAAGGCCAAGAGCAGGGGUUGUGUCCGGAGUAUCCCACCCGUAGGACGCUCUGUUCCUCUGACCGGGGUUGUAAAAAGGGAUGGAUGGACCCACAGAGCAAAGGAAUCCAGACUGGACGGUGUGUAGUAUAUAAAGGGAACCAGAAGACCUGUGAAGUUGCGGCCUGGUGUCCCAUUGAGGCAGCACAGGAGGCUCCUCGGCCUGCACUCUUGAAUAGUGCUGAAAACUUCACUGUGCUCAUCAAGAACAAUAUUGACUUCCCUGGCCACAACUACACCACGAGAAACAUCUUGCCAGGUUUAAAUAUCUCGUGUACCUUUCACAAGACUCAGAAUCCACAGUGUCCCAUUUUCCGACUAGGAGAUAUGUUCCAAGAAACAGGAGAUAAUUUUUCAGAUGUCGCAAUACAGGGUGGAAUCAUGGGCAUUGAGAUCUACUGGGACUGCAACCUGGACAGAUGGUUCCAUCACUGCCGUCCCAAAUAUAGUUUCCGUCGCCUAGAUGACAAGACCACCAAUGAGUCCUUAUACCCUGGCUACAAUUUCAGAUAUGCCAAGUACUAUAAGGAAAACAAUGUUGAAAAACGGACUCUGAUAAAAGUCUUUGGGAUCCGUUUUGACAUCCUGGUUUUUGGCACUGGAGGAAAAUUCGACUUUAUCCAACUGAUUGUGUAUAUCGGCUCAACCCUCUCCUACUUUGGUUUGGCCACUGUGUUCAUUGACUUUCUCAUCAACACUUACUCCAGUAGCUGCUGUCGAUCUCAUAUUUAUCCCUGUUGCAAGUGCUGUGAACCCUGUGUGGUCAAUGAAUAUUACUACAGGAAGAAGUGUGAGUCCAUUGUGGAGCCAAAGCCGACAUUAAAGUAUGUGUCCUUUGUGGAUGAGUCCCACAUUAGGAUGGUGGACCAGCAGCUACUUGGGAAAAGUCUACAACAUGUCAAGGGCCAAGAAAUCCCAAGACCCCUGAUGGACUUCACAGACUUGUCCAAGCUCCCCCUGACUGUCCACGACCCACCUUCCAUGCCUGAACAAGCAGAGGAGAUGCAGCUGCUUCACAAAGAGGCAACUCCUAGGUCCAGGGACAGCCCAGGAUGGUGCCAAUGCGGAAGCUGCCUCCCGUCCCAACUCCCUGAGAGCCACAGGUGCCUGGAGGAGCUAUGUUGCCGGAAAAAGCCAGGAGCCUGCAUCACCACCUCAGAGCCAUUCAGGAAGCUCAUCUUGUCCAGACAUGUCUUGCAAUUCCUUCUGCUCUAUCAGGAGCCCCUGCUGGCACUAGAUGCAGAGUCUACCAACAGCCGGCUACGGCACUGUGCCUACAGGUGCUACACCAGCUGGCGCUUCGGCUCCCAGGACAUGGCUGACUUUGCCAUCCUACCUAGCUGCUGCCGCUGGAGGAUUCGGAAAGAGUUUCCCAAGAGUAAAGGACAAUAUAGUGGUUUUACAAGCCCCUACUGACAGCACGGGGCUGCAGCAGUCAUAUUUUCCUUACCUUUGCCAUCAGCUUGAACUUCAUCUGCAAAGACCUAUGGCUAAAUUUUCAGCUAAAGAGAA